ACUGCCGGGUAAAAAAGGCAAACCCUGCAAUGAGCGGCACACCUUAUAACUCAGAUGCUUGCUUGCAUGGUGGAAAUAUGUUUUUUAUUUUAAGAAACAAAUCUGUGUUAGGCCUGCUUUGUAUAUUACACAGUUUUCUUAUACAGUAUUCAGAGUCUUUUAAUAUUGGGACAGCAGGAGCAAAAAUAUUUAGUGGACCAGUGGAAGAGGAGUUUGGAUAUACUGUGCAACAGUUCAAGAAUUAUCAGGGCAAAUGGCUUUUGGUUGGAUCUCCUUGGAGUGGCUACAAAGCAAACAGGAAAGGGGAUGUUUAUAAGUGUGAAAUCCCUGGAACCAAAACAAACUGUGAGAGAUUCAACUUGCAGAACUCAGUCACCAUUUCAUCUGUCAACAAUAUCAACACCAACAUGAGCCUUGGAUUGACUCUUCUGGCCAAAAAUAAUGGAUUUCUGACCUGCGGUCCUCUCUGGGCACAGCAGUGUGGCAAACAGUAUUUCAUUCCGGGAAUCUGCACGGAGGUGAACGCCCUCUUCAAACCACAGUCUUCAUUUUCUCCUGCCAUCCAGAGUUGUGUAGGUCCAAUGGAUUUAGUGAUUGUCUUGGAUGGAUCAAAUAGCAUUUGGCCAUGGGAACCGGUGUUAGAAUUUCUUAAUGAACUGUUGAAGAGUGUAGAUUUUGGUCCGUCUGGCACUCAGGUGAGUGUCGUUCAGUAUGCAGUAGUCUCAGCUUUUGAAUUCCGAUUUAAUACAUACAAAACCAAGGAUGAGAUGUUGGCUGCUGCAAAAAAAAUAAAGCAAAUGGAGGGUACUUUAACAAACACAUUCCAUGCUAUUGAUUUCGCAAGGACAGAAGCUUUCUUGCCUGAGAACGGAGGCCGGUCUGGGGCAAAUAAAGUAUUGGUGGUGGUGACAGAUGGAGAAUCUCACGAUAGUAGUAUGUUGGAUGAUGUCAUUUUGAAAUGCGAACAGGCCAAGAUCACUCGCUUUGGCAUAGCUGUCCUUGGCUAUUACUUAGAAAAUAACAUGGAUACAACAAAACUGGUUGCAGAAAUCAAGUCAAUUGCCAGUAAUCCGGAAGAAAAACACUUUUUCAGUGUCUCAGAUGAAACGGCUCUUUUAGAGAUUGUAGGAACACUUGGAGAGAGAAUUUUCAACAUUGAAGGGACGGGGAAAGGAGGGGAAAAUUUCCAGAUGGAAAUGUCCCAAGUGGGGUUCAGUGCUCACUAUUCCAGUAAAAAGGAAGUACUGAUGUUGGGUGCUGUUGGAGCAUAUGGAUGGAACGGCACUGUGGUUCACAGAACUGCCCAGAAGCCUCUAAUAUUCCCUAAAAAUGCAUUUGAAAAUGUCUUAGAGGACAGAAACCACAGCUCGUUGCUAGGCUAUGCUGUGACGACACUAGUUGAUGAAAGUGACGAAUACUAUGUUGCUGGAGCACCUCGUUCGAAUCAUACUGGUCAGGUUGUAGUGUAUACCGUAACCAGCGUGGGGCAACCCCUCGUGUUAAAUUCACAAAGAGGACAUCAGAUAGGAUCUUACUUUGGUGGUGUACUGUGUCCUCUGGAUGUGAAUAAAGAUGGCAUUACAGAUCUGUUGCUGGUUGGUGCUCCAAUGUUCAUGAGUGACCAGAAAAAGGAAAUGGGCAAAGUGUACAUAUUCACAGUUACCAAGGGCUUUAUAAGCAGUGAUGGUUUUCUGGAGGGACCUUCCCAAACGGAGAAUGCUCGUUUUGGGAUGGCCAUAGUGUGUGCACAAGACCUUAACCAAGAUGGUUUUAAUGAUGUGGUGGUUGGUGCCCCACUGGAGGAUAACAAUAGGGGCGCAUUGUACAUCUUUAAUGGAAAUCAGAAGUCCAUCAAAAAACAGUACACACAGAAAAUUCUGGGUUCUGAACUGGACCCCAAGUUGCAGUAUUUUGGAAGGUCUGUGAAUGCAGAUGGAGAUUUAAAUGAUGACACACUUCCUGAUGUGUCUGUUGGAACUUAUGGAAAAGUAAUUCAGCUGUGGUCAAGAGGAGUAGCUCGUGUAAAAACAAAUGUCAACUUCUCACCUGACAAAAUCAGCAUCUUUAAUAAACCUUGCACUAUCAAUGGGAGAAAACUGUUCUGUUUCAGCACCAGCACUUGCUUCAGUGCAACAUUUAUGCCCACAACUACAAAGGGUCCUGUGGCAAUCACAUAUAAUCUGACUCUGGACAUGGACUUGCAGUCAUCGCGUGUGAGCUCGCGAGGGCUCUUCAGCACCAACAACGAACGGUUUCUGAGGAGAACCAUCAGUGUUGACAAACAGAAAGUCUGCGAAACACAUGAGGUUUAUGUUCAGGAAGCACCUGACUUUGUGAACUCCCUCAGUCUACGGGUAGAUCUUGGUCUUCAAGACCCAAAGGGCAACCCUGUCUUGGAUGCAUUUAGUCCCACUGCCUCAGAGUUCUAUAUUCCAUUCUCGAAAGACUGUGGUGAUGAUGAUGUGUGUCACAAUGACUUGGUGCUGAAUGUACAGAUGACUGAUGAUUUGCCAAGUGCACUGCUGAUUAUCCAAAAGAACAAAAGAUUUUCCUUAGAUGUAUCCGUGGAGAACAAGAUGGAAAAUGCCUAUAAUGCCCGAGUCAUCACAAGAUACUCUAAAAGUCUGUUCUACGCUUCUGUGUCUAAUCCUAGCGAUGGAACAGAUAUAAAAUGCACUGAUAAGGAUUACACUGUAUCCUGUCAAGUAGGGUACCCUGUCCUCCGAACAGACCAACGGGCAAAGUUUCGGAUCAACUUUGAUUUUAACCUUAACGAGAUGCAGAACAAAAUACACGUGAAUCUGACAGCUGAAAGCGAUGGCAUAGAAGAAACACCUGAAAACAACAAAGCCCUCAUCUCCGUUCCUAUCAUUUAUGACUCUGAAAUCAUUCUGACAAGAGAGACAAGUAUGAACUUCUAUGUCAUUGAAGAUCACAGCACAGUGAAGACAUUGGUGAACAAUAAUGAUGACAUUGGCCCAGAGUUCAACUUCACGCUGAAAGUUUCUACAGGGAAUGUAAAGGUUGGUCUAACCUAUCUCACAGUGUCCCUGCCAGAAUCUACCUGGGUGGGGAACUUCCUCCUGUAUCUGACAGGAGUUCACACAGAGCCUGGCAACACUGUGAGCUGUGAUUUAGGUAGCAUGGUGGAUCCACUGAAGAUCAGGCAGAAGCCCUACACUGUUUCCUUUUCCCAUGAGAGCUUCAGAAGAAUAGAGAGCCUGGACUGUACAAAUGCUAAAUGCACAAAUCUGAAAUGUGUGCUAACGAGUAUGGAGACAAAAAAAGAUUAUUUUGUGCAUGUCACAACGAGGAUCUGGAAUGGAACAUUUGCCUCUUCAACCUUCCAGUCUGUUAAGCUCAUUCUGCAUGCUGAGAUGGAAACUUCACAGCCUGAUCUUCUGAUCCUCAUGCACAAGAAGCUGCCGUUUGAAAUCACAAUCAUCAAGCCUGGGGAGGUUGGGGAGGUACCCAUUGGAAUCAUUGUGGGCAGCGUUAUUGGGGGCCUGCUUUUAUUGGCUGCUGUCGUUUUACUGCUGUGGAAGUUGGGUUUCUUCAAGAAAACAAAGUAUGAUCAGCUGAUGAAAGAAAAUGCAGAUGGAGAGACACAAAAUGGCACCGGAAUGGAGAACCAGGCAUGAGCUGUAAGAUGAUAAACAGGAAUACAUGAAGAGGCAAGUUGUACAAAUGCACUGCUCUGGAAAACAGCGCCAUGUGAAAACUGCUGUUGGACAGAAUUGGACAAGACUGAUGACUACCUAGAUGGAAUUAGGUUACAUCAGCGGUGGACAAACCCAGCCAGCAGCACACAGGGUACAAUUACAGCAUUAUUUCACAAUCAGCUUCCCCACCCAGGGGGCUGAAAUUACAAUACGAACAGUCUAUUUCCUAUACUUGACAAUAUUAUUUUUUUAAACUUCAUAUUCUGUAUUUUGUUUUGUUUUGUUUUAUUUUAUUUAUCUUGGAUAGGUUUUUGAUUUCAGUUUGCUACUUAAAACUAAAUUCUGUUUGGGCAUGCAGUCCCAGCAAGCUUGCACCAACACGCUUUCUAAAUGUACAGCAAGCAUUAUAAUGUGUCGGGAAUUUUUUCAUGGACGAUGGAAAGGUAGGAGGUCGAGGCUUAUUUUACUGUGAAUGAAUGACCCGCAAGGUACAAUCAACUGCACAAAGGCUAAAAUUUGAUUUUACAUACAAGCUAAAUGUAUGUUUGCAGUUACUAAAAGAGAUGCUCUAAUUUAAAAUAUAAAAAUCAUGUUUAGCUGGACCCUGAGGAUUGAGAGAAACGGGGAAGAAAAUCCUCAAAUUUUAAUAAUGACAGUCCCCUUCAAAGUACACAAAUGCAUCUAUGUUCAUAUGAUGAUUAUGAUGGACUUAUUUGCUUCAGUAUUAGCCAUGGGACUUAUUGCACUACCUAAUCAACAGUCAAAUGUAAGCCAUUCAUGAUUUUGAAGUCGAUUUAAAAUGCAUUUACUUUUUCAACGAGUUUUAGUUAAAUGUAUAUAAAAUUAAUUUAAAUUUUAAAAAGCUAUGAGGUUCCAAAGAGAUCUGCUGCCGAGAAAUGGGAAUGUAAGAGAUUGCAGCUUAGAUAUGGUUGCCAUAUAGAAAAUGUAACAAAUAAUUUCAUGCUGCAUAUUAUAUGUUUCGUUUUGUGACGGGAUCAUUAUUCAGGUUUAGUGUUUCUACUAAAAUGCUGUAAUGUACUUUAAAAAAAAAUCAUACAUGUAAAUUGAUUUAACUUGUACUUCGACAGUUACAUUCUUUAAACACCGAUUUUGCUGAAAAUUUGAUUUUCUGAGCAAGUGGACUGGAUGCAAUAAACAUUUUCCUAUGCUUGACUACUGUUUAAAUGCACUCUGCUGCUGUAUACAGCAGUACAGUAUAAUCAUUGUGACUACUAUGUACAGAAUGAUUAAGCAUCUUUAUUUUGCAGCAUAAACAGUAUUUUAUGUCAUGACAGCUACAGGUCUAGGAUUAUACUUUUAAUUGUUUUGAUUUAUUUAAUUGAUUGUUCUGCAUUGGAAAUAUGUUUGAUUUCACCAAAUUUAUGUUUUAAAUGUUUCUACUUUAUUAAAAUCAAGUUUUUCCGUGUCA